CGUUAUACUCGUACCCAACUCGUAGGCAACAAACAUUUUGAAGAUUAUGAAUUCGCGGGAACAGACAAGAUGCCGAAAACGAAAAAGCAACAUUCCAAAGACUCCGAUGAUGAGUAUGCGCCUGGGCCAUCUUCUCAGGCCCCAUCAACACAGACACAUAGCACUCAGGCAGAGAAAGCAGCAGCAAACAUGGACCCGGAUGACCUAGAGAAACGAUUCCAUGAUCUUGUACAGUAUCUACUCAUCAUGGACCAGAAAAAACUUCCAAUAAAAAAACUAGAUAUAAACAAGCACAUAUUAAAAGAAAAUCGUGGAGCUUUUCCAGUGUUGAUGAAGAAAGCAGGAGAUGCACUUUUAGAGGUGUUUGGUAUUGAGCUUGUACAACUUGAGGACAGACUAAAGGGUACCUACAUCCUUGUAAACAGAGUAGACACAGAUACAGAGGAUCUGGAAAACCAAGAUAGACAGACUGGUCAGGAAUUCACACCUGUGGAAUGGCCAGAAGAAGAUGAUGCCAAGACAGGGCUCCUUAUGGUGAUUCUUAGUCUCAUCUUCAUGAAUGGACAAGUCAUGCUGGACUCAUACAUGUGGCACACCCUGAAAAAACUUGGGAUUGACACAGAUUUCAACCACGAGGUGUUUGGAGAUGCCAAGAAAUUAAUAACACAGGAGUUUUAUAGGCAGGGAUAUGUAGAGUAUACUCGACAACAAAACUCAGACCCCCCUGUAUUCGAGUUUAGAUGGGGACAGAGGGCCAAACAGGAGAUAUCAAGGAAGAACUGUUUGGACUUUGUCAGUCAGUUGUAUGGACGGGAACCUGAGAAGUGGACAUCACAAUAUCAGGCUGUAUUGGAUGAAGGGGAGGUCGUAGCCACUACAUCACAGGAAUAAUGUACCAAAUGGGGGAGAUCACAGACAUCACAGGAAUAAUGUACCAAAUGGGGGGAGAUCACAGACAUCACAGGAAUAAUGUACCAAAUGGGGGAGAUCACAGACAUCACAGGAAUAAAGGAGAUCACAGACAUCACAGGAAUAAUGUACCAAACGGGGGAGAUCACAGACACGCUAUCACAGGAAUAAUGUACCAAACUGGGGGAGAUCACAGACAUCACAGGAAUAAUGUACCAAACGGGGGAGAUCACAGACAUCACAGGAAUAAUGUACCAAAUGGGGGAGAUCACAGACAUCACAGGAAUAAUGUACCACUGCACCCUGAUUAAGAAAAUAUCAGAUAGACUUACCUCACCAACCAUCUAAUUGUCUGUAUGAAAGUAGGAAGUCAGAUAAAAGUCCGGAUAAAAAAAUACAACGAUAUGUGAAACAGAUAUGUAGUGAUUACAUUUCUUUAUAUGGAGGAACAAUACGAUGGGAAAGGAGAUAAUCAUCUGGUAGUCAUUGUUGAAACAGUCUUGUUUCAUACUGAAAAAGAAGGGUGCAAUAUAUAGCGAAAUAUUGGUAAAUACAUAUUUUGUAUAAUGUAUUGUUAAAACGUGCAGACUAGGUAGAUUUUUCAUCAGUAUUGUUAUGAUCUACAUGUAUUUUGAUGAUAAUAGAACUAUUUUUAUAUGAAAGAAAGAAAGGUAUGAAUGAGUUUUCUAUUUUUAGCCCUGGCACCAUAUCAAAUGGUGGGCUGUCAAAUCGCCCUUCAUCUGUGAGUCUGUCUUCUGUUAUCCAUCCUUAAACAAUGAUUAUUACUGCUUUUUCUUAGAAAGGACUAAAUGGAUUUUUAUCAAAUUUCACAUCUAGGUUCCCCAUGGUCCUUAAUUGUGCAUGCUAAAUUUUGAGACUGAUCGGAAAACAAGCUACCAUUUUGAAUUUUGACAAUUUAUGUUUGUUGCUAUUAUUUCUCAGAAAGUAUUUUCAAAUGUAGAUUACUCUUGGUCUCUAAUAGAUUGUAUCAAUUUUGAGACCAAUAGUAAAACAAAAUGGCAGAAAUAUGGCCAUCUUGGAUUUUGACAUUUGAAGUAUGAAGUUUGUUAUUGCUUUUUGUUAAGAAGUACUGUAAGGAUAUUUCUCAAAUUUCAUAUGCGGCCUUAAAUUUCAUAUGGGUUUCAAUCUUCAUUGGUUCCUAGUUGUGCCCAAUUAAAUUAUGGGUCAGAACAGAAAAAGAAAAUGGCCGAGAGGUGGCUGUGUUGGAUUUUUCACAUUUGAAAUUUGUUAAUGCUAUUUCUUUAGAAUUAUUGGAACUAUAAAAAAGGAAAAGGGGGAAGAACAGAAGAAAGAUUGUCUUACAUAUAGAAAUAGUAAAGAUCAUUCAAUGGUGGGUGUGAAGAUCCCUCUGUGGUAUUGUCUUAUAGAGAUAAUAAAGAUCAUUCACUGGUGGGUGUGAAGAUCCCUCUGUGGUAUUGUCUUAUAGAGAUAAUAAAGAUCAUUCAGUGGUGGGUGUGAAGAUCCCUCUGUGGUAUUGUCUUAUAGAGAUAAUAAAGAUCAUUCAAUGGUGGGUGUGAAGAUCCCUCUGUGGUAUUGUCUUAUAGAGAUAAUAAAGAUCAUUCACUGGUGGGUGUGAAGAUCCUCUGUGGUAUUGUCUUAUAGAGAUAAUAAAGAUCAUUCAAUGGUGGGUGUGAAGAUCCCUCUGUGGUAUUGUCUUAUAGAGAUAAUAAAGAUCAUUCAAUGGUGGGUGUGAAGAUCCUCUGUGGUAUUGUCUUAUAAGAGAUAAUAAAGAUCAUUCAAUGGUGGGUGUGAAGAUCCUCUGUGGUAUUGUCUUAUAGAGAUAAUAAAGAUCAUUCAAUGGUGGGUGUGAAGAUCCCUCUGUGGUAUUGUCUUAUAGAGAUAAUAAAGAUCAUUCAAUGGUGGGUGUGAAGAUCCCUCUGUGGUAUUGUCUUUGAUAAUUUAUGAUGAUGCAGGAGUACCAGCAAUGCAUGUUUACAAAUGUUUUACAAGAUGUAAAUUAUUUAAUACAUUGAGAUUGUGUAUGUUAAUGAGAGUUGUUGAGUAAUGGAGUGUGCUGGUUGAUUGUGCCAUUGGGAGAUCAUGUGCUAGUUGUAUGUGAAAGUUGUUCAAUAAAUAAUAUUUUAAUGAAAUAUC